CCCGCGUCCCCGAGGCCGCUGGCCCGGCCCCGCCCCGUGGAGGCCAGCCCCGCCCGUUACCCCGCCGCGAGCCCCCGCCGAGAGCCCGGUCCGGCCCCCUGGCUGCGUCGGCCGCAGGGACCGCUGCUCGGGGCCUCCGCCGGCCGCGUCCGCUCCCGCCCGGGACCAUGGCCGCCGAGGGGGCGCGGCACCUGCUCUUUCAGUCUCACAUGGCAACAAAAACAACUUGUAUAUCCUCACAAGUUUCUGAUGAUGAACAGAGACGUUCAGUAGGAGGACUAGCACUGCUUUUGCUGGGCGUGCUUACCGAGCUCGGUGGACGUGGAGAGCUCCUUUAAUGACGGAGAGCAGGAAGUGUCUGGGCGGCCCUGUCACAUGCCUUCCUAAGUGUGCACUCCGACUAUCAUGCUUCCAGGUCCUUCUCACUGUGCCCGUGCAGGAGGAAUGUGUUUGGUAAUUCAGAUUAAAAUCUAUAAUAAAAAAGAGGGAGUAAAUUUAACUUGGUGAAAGAGCAAAAAAGAGAAAAUGUUCGUUCUUUAGCUAUGGGUGGCCAUGUUGGUUUUGAGAGUUUGCCUGAUCAGCUGGUCAACAGAUCCAUCCAGCAAGGCUUCUGUUUUAAUAUUCUCUGUGUGGGGGAGACUGGAAUUGGAAAAUCAACGCUAAUUGACACAUUGUUUAAUACUAAUUUUGAAGACCAUGAAUCCUCACAUUUUUACCCACAUGUUAAACUUAAAGCUCAGACAUAUGAACUCCAGGAAAGUAAUGUUCGAUUAAAAUUGACCAUUGUGAAUACAGUGGGAUUUGGUGACCAAAUAAACAAAGAAGAGAGCUACCAGCCAAUAGUUGACUACAUAGAUGCUCAGUUUGAGGCUUAUCUCCAAGAAGAGCUGAAGAUUAAGCGCUCCCUCUGUACCUACCACGACUCCCGCGUCCACGUGUGCCUCUACUUCAUCUCUCCCACAGGCCACUCCCUGAAGACGCUGGACCUCUUAACCAUGAAGAGCCUCGACAGCAAAGUGAACAUUAUACCAGUGAUUGCCAAAGCAGAUGCAAUUUCUAAAAGUGAAUUACAUAAGUUUAAGAUCAAGCUCAUGAGUGAAUUGGUCAGCAAUGGUGUCCAGAUAUACCAGUUUCCAACAGAUGAUGAAACUAUUGCUAAAAUCAAUGCUUCAAUGAAUGGACAUCUGCCAUUUGCUGUUGUAGGAAGUAUGGAUGAAGUAAAAGUUGGAAAUAAGAUGGUCAAAGCUCGCCAGUACCCUUGGGGUGUUGUACAAGUGGAAAAUGAAAACCAUUGUGACUUUGUAAAGCUCCGGGAAAUGCUCAUUUGUACAAACAUGGAGGAUCUGCGAGAACAGACCCACACGAGGCACUAUGAACUUUACAGGCGUUGCAAACUGGAGGAAAUGGGCUUGACAGAUGUGGGCCCAGAGAAUAAGCCGCUCAGUCUUCAAGAGACCUAUGAAGCCAAAAGACACGAAUUUUAUGGUGAACUUCAGAGGAAGGAAGAAGAAAUGAAGCAGAUGUUUGUGCAGCGAGUAAAGGAGAAAGAAGCCAUCCUGAAAGAAGCUGAGAGAGAGCUACAGGCCAAAUUUGAGCACCUUAAAAGAGUUCACCAAGAAGAGAGAAUGAAGCUUGAAGAAAAGAGAAGACUGUUGGAAGAAGAAAUAAUUGCUUUCUCUAAAAAGAAAGCUACCUCCGAGAUAUACCAGAACCAGACCUUCAUGGCAUCAGGCAGCAACCUGAGGAAGGACAAGGACCGGAAGAACUCCAAUUUUAUGUAAAACAAAGGUUCCAGAUCACAGAAAGUCAUCACAAGCAAACGUUAUUAAAAUGUUAGAAGUGUGCUUUGA